AUGGCGUCGGGCGUCCUUGCACAAGGACUUGCCCAUACCCACGCCAAGGUGGCUUCCAGUCAGGCAAUCCUGGCAUCCUCUGGUGCCCUCCAGAACAUCACCGCACUCCUCCCGCCUGCGCUGGUGCCCUACGUCGACGCAACCAUCGGCCGCCUCUCCGACACGCUUGCCGGCUCAAGCGAGUUUCUCGAAGCCCAGGGCAUCUCCCCCACCAUUGUCUACUCCACGCUAGCCUGUGCUGCCCUCGCUCUUCCCAUCGGCAUGUCUCGAUACUUCUACCCAGGCCGGAGCGACCUGUCUCCCUUUGCGUCCCAGCCCGACUCACGUGGUCCUUACGUCACCGAGGACGACUUCAGCUACAUCACCUCCGAAGACCUCGAGAGAUCGCUCGACUCGCGCGGACGCCAUGCCGAGUCAUCCAACGGCAGAGAAGAGGACGACGUGCUGCUUGUCAAGUCGGAGGCGGUGAUCUAUCCCAUUCACUUCCCGGCAUUCUCCAUCGGCGACGGCAAGCUUUACGUCAGAGAUGUCAGAGACCGUGUAGGGCUGGUGCUGGAGCUUAGCCGCGCCCAGACAUCGAGGAUACGACUGUACUACAAGGGCCGGCAGUUGAAGGAGCUGGAGGUGCCGAUCCGCACAUAUGGUGUCAAGAACAACAGCGAAUUGCUGCUCGUCAUCCCCGACAGUGGCGCCACCGACGACGAGAGUGACAGUAGCGAGGAAGAGGUUAUUGUGAAAGACCCUAGAGACCAGCAACAGCAACAGCGGCGCAAGAAGAAGAAGGGGAAGUCUGGAAACAAGAAGAAGAAGAGCUCCAAAUCUCAGCGAGACGAGGAGCCGUCUGCUGGCUCAAACCUGGACAUUCCAGGCUCAGCUGCAGAGUCGACCUCGGGAGCUCCUUCAAGGCAUCCCUCGAGGGUCCCUUCGCCCUCGGUUCCCUCUGGAGCUGUGGCGCAAUUGGAUGCCAUCCGCAACCAUUUCGAGUCGGAGCUGGCGCCGCUGUGUCGGUCAUUCAUGGCAGACCCCCCGAGAGACCCCAAGAAAUGCGAGGAUGAGCAUCGCAAGAUUAGUGAGACGGUGCUCCAGCACGUCAUCUUGAAAUUGGACGAGGUCGACACCGGUGGCGAUCCGGAUAUCCGUGCCAAGCGCAAGGCACUGGUCAACUAUGUGCAGGGACUUUUGAACGACAUGGACAAGAGGCUGCCUGCUGGGGUCAAGGCCAACCGGUAA